AUGUGUUUAAAAAUAAACGACGAGAGUGCAACUGUACUAUUCAUCGCAUUGAUGAGUGGUGGAGUUGCAAUGGCAGAUAGUCAAUCACGAGCAUUAGACAUCAUCAAAGAGUACUCUGGUAUUGAUAGAUACACAUACUUUACAACUGGUCAGAAACUGACCGAAUAUCCACCUGGACUGUGUGGAGGCACUCCAUUGGAUAACUGUGAUUGGGCCAAGUACGGUGAAGCCGUUGUUUUGCUCUCAGGUGUCACUCUUAUCAUUGCCCUAGUAUGUCUUGUAUUCAGUGUACUCUUUUGGAUGGGUCGUAGCUUCUUUUUCGGUGGAUGUAAUCCAACUCAUGGUUUAAUGUGUCCAGGUCCAAAGUUGGAUCCAGAAGUACCAGGAGAAGGAUAUACAAAGUGUCAAGUAUUGGUAUUAAAAUUCUUGGCAAUUGGAUUUGCUAUUGCUGCAGUACCAUUGUUUAUUACAGCGAUGACUGGUAAUAGUGCUAGUACAAAGGGUGUUGGUGAUUUUGGUGACACUGUUCUUCAAAAGGGUAAUGACACUAUUGCAUCGAUUGAAGUGAUUAGUCAGAAUAUUACUGCUACGCAAGCCAGUCGUGUCACUGGAUUCAAUGAAUACAUUAAUGACAUGAUUAAUCGUUUGGAUGAUAUUGUGGUACACGGUAAAGAGGUGCGUGACCAAGGUCUCGAAAUCAACGAACAGUCUAAAAAGUACAGUGGAUAUCGUAAUAGUGUCGUGUUGGCUGGUUUGAUUGUUGGUUUGGUUGUAUGUAUUGUCGUGGCUGUCGCAGGUCUAUGCAACAUCCCAUUACUCAGUUGUGUGGGUGCAUUGUCGCUCGUCAUUGUAUUGCCAUUCAUGUGGAUUGUCUUUUCGGCACAUUACCCAAUCAACUCGUUGCUCUCGGAUGUGUGUCUUGCAUAUAAUACCACCGGUGUGUCUGGUCUCUCCAACUUUACAAACCCCAUCGUCAACGAGAUUUUCGCGGGUUGUGAAAACGACACCAACAUCAUCCCAGUGUUUGCCGAUCUCAAUGAGUUGGUCUAUGAAAUGUUUGACUCGGUGUACAACCAAACAUGCGGUGAUCGAGGUUACGGAGCUGUCUGUGGCCAAGCCAUCCCCGUCUGGACCGAGCCGCCCAACUACAACCUUCCCAACGACAGCUUUGCCAUCAUCGUCCAGUGUCCCAACGAGCCAUGUAAUAAUGAGACGCUCCCCGACUACCUCGACUCUCCCAUCGUUGAUUUCCUCGUUGGCUGCUAUAUAGUCGCCGACGGCGCCAUCAACACCACCAUCACCAACCCCGCCGACUGUGUCCUUCCCGACCAUCUCGUCACAUACAAUGUGACCACCGUUGCCAACGUCACCGUAUGCAAUACAACGUGUGCCAACGGUCUACUUCGAAAUGUGUCCGACGUCGUAAUCGAUGGUUACUGGGCACUCAUCUCGUUCCAGGGUAUCUAUAACGAAUCGGUUAUUCCACUCAUCUCGUGCUCCAACUUGAUGCCAUUUAUUGAAGACAUCCACGGUAUUGUCUGUGUCGAUGAGGUUAAUGCCUUGACACUCCUUAUUGCCCCUACCGCCCUCUUUGCCAUCCUCCUCAUUGGUGUUGGUGUUGUUGGUGUACUUGGUCAAAAACGUUUCAACAAGAAAGCAACUCAACAACAUAGUGGUAAUGAAAUGGCUUAA